AGGCAGGCAGACAGACAGUGACACAAACAGGCCGUCAGGCGGACAGACAUACAGACAGACAGGACGACAGAUAGACAGACAGACAGACAGAGAGACAGACCAGACAGAGCUAUAGGUGGAAGGAAUCUGUGGUUAAAGUGUGAGCUGGUCCGACGGCGGCGGCUGUCUGUCUGAGAGGAAGUUGCAUUGUGGGUUGUAUGUCUGACUGAACACUGAAAGCACCACAGGUCUCUCUACGACCCAGAGACCGAUGCUGCCAGUCAGAGGAUGUUCCAGUGCGACUGGACACAGGCUGUUUACGUUGACCAAUGUUUUAGGUUGUGGUUUAAUGUUCCUGUCAAAUAAACCAAUGAAAACGUCUAUCCUACUUUGGCUCUCUAAACAGCCGUGGGCGGGACGUCAUGCUGUUGAUCGAUGGGAUGCCUGCCGUCAGCGUCCAAUCAGAGUCUCUGGAGCCUCAGAGAAUGCCCCAGACAGAGCCUGUAGACCUGUCCACCAGCAGCUCCAGGACAUCUCCGACAUCCACAGGAUCCCUGUGCCCCCUACCGUCCACCUCCAUCACCAAGCCUUCCUCAUCAUCAUCCUCCUCCUCUGUCAUUACGUAUGUCCCAAAUAUUCCUGCUAUAUCAGCGGCAGGUCCCGGCAUGAGAGUCCUUUGUGUCAGAGAGUACCCCCUCACAUCACUCUCCUCCAGCCCCGCCCCUCUUCAGGCCCACCGUACGCCCGUAGUGGUACAGCCCACAUCCCUCUCCUCCAGCCCUGCCCCUCUUCAGGCCCACCGUACGCCCGUAGUGGUACGGCCCACACCCCUGCUCUACACCCACCCACCACACAGCAGAACCCUGGUGGUACCCCGACGUCCACAUCACCGUCACCGUGGUGACGGCCAGGAUGAUGAGCUGCCGACAACGAGACUGGAAAGUGUGACAGAGAUGGGACAGGUUGUAACCAGAGUGGGUCAUGACUCCAUGUUAGCCGGUGGUAUCCAGAGCAUGCGGGUAGGUCAUGUGACCAGGUCAGAGGUCAGGGGGCGUGUCCGUAGGUGUGUCCACAGGUGUGAGUUUUACGGCUGUAACAAGGAGUACACCAAGAGUUCCCACCUCAAGGCCCACAGACGCACACACACAGGUGAGAAGCCGUAUAAGUGCACGUGGGACGGGUGCACGUGGCAUUUUGCCCGUUCUGACGAGCUGACCCGCCAUUACAGGAAACACACGGGGGUGAAGCCCUUCAGGUGUAGCGACUGUCAACGCUCCUUUUCCCGCUCAGAUCACCUGGCCCUGCACAGACGCAGACACACACUGAUCUGAGGAGGGAGGGAGGGACGGACGGACAGACACUGAUCUGAG